UGUCUAUAUGUACCCUGUAGAACCGAAUUUGUGUGGUUCGUACAGUCACAGAUUCGAUUCUAGGGGGAUAUAUGGUCGAUGCAAAUACUUCGAUUUCAGCAACACAGCUUUCAAUCGUGUUUCAUGGAGGUGCUGUUUCCUGGAUUUAAAAAUGUCAAAUCUUUAUAUUGAUUUUUCAUAUUACACCCAAUUGUUGUGUGUUUUGUAUGUAAAGACAAACAAUUAUUUUCCCUACCCUUUCAAUGACAUAAAUGAAAUUUAAUGAUCAUCUACCCAGGCUAUGCCCCCCGCAGUGCUGCAUGAUGUGUAAUGUGAGAGUCCUUGGCAGUGCCACUCACUACUAAUUGUAUUGCUAGUGCAGCUAUGGUGCCAGGCUGACCCUGUGUGUCCUUGUGUAGUAGUGUGCAAUGGAUAUUAUGGCGGAAUGAUGAUAGUUUAUGUGUUCAGCUGAUAUUAUCUGUAUAUAUAGUUAAUAUCAAGCUACAUGGCUAUGCAAUGCAAAGCCCAGUUUACACAAAUCUAUGCUGUGAUCAAUAUACUUAUAUUUUAUGUGCCUGGUGGGCUUCAUGACACUUUCACACUAUGCUUGUGUGAGUAUUGAUCCGAAAUUAUUUCUCAUUUAACCAUGUGAAAAGCAAACCCCGAGUUACUGAUUGUCUAAUUUUUUUCAACCUGACUAGAUGAAGUAACUUUUAGAUGACCCCAGGAAGACAAAGCCAAGACAGGUCUUUUGUACAUCUUAUGGUCCCCCUGAUGUUCCCUUGGCAAUUUUAGCUUUCUGUUUCUUUUUAACCCCCAACAAUGGAUUUCAGAAAGGAAUAAAAAGCAAGUCCCGGGCUUCAUAUACACCAAAUUUUACCCAGGGAUCUGCACACUAUCUGGAUCUUGUAAGGCAGAAUAGGAAUAUAUAAAAGUAAAGUGCGACUAAAUCCAUAGUUGUCUUGGUUGAUUAGCUGAGGAUUUUUUUUUUUUUAUUAACACGUGAAAUGUGUAAUUAAGGGGUGGGGGGUAGGAAUGGGCUCAUAAUGAUCCAAUUAAAUCAAUAUUAUUUUGUUAUUUUGUGAAAAUUAUGAGGUACAAUUAAAGCCAGUGAUAAACUUUCUGCUCUGUGAUUGGCUGCAGCGGUCACAUGGCCACCUAACUUUAUUCAGUUGACAGCAAGUAGGAGGGCUUUAUGGAGGGAGAAAAAAAGACAACACGAGAAAAAUUAGUAUUUUCUAUCCUCAGAAAUUAAUGGCCAUGAGUUCGUACAUGGUAAACUCUAAGUAUGUGGAUCCUAAAUUCCCUCCAUGCGAGGAGUAUAUGCAGGGCAGCUACCUGGCUGAGCAGGGCUCUGAUUUCUUCAGCCCUCCGGCACAGGGCGCAGAGUACCAGCCACACCAGGGGAUCUAUGGCCGCUCACACUACAGCGACGAGUCGUUCAGUUGCAGCCAUGCUCAGGGCUCUGCUCUCCAGCCCCGGGGUCAGACACAGGAGCCCAGCGGCCCCCCGGAGCCUUUCCCCGCUGCUGAGGAGCACUGCCCUGCUCCAGCCAAUCUCUCCAGCAGCCGAGCCUGCAGCCAGCAGCAGCACCCCAAAAAUGGCAGCCUGGGCAAGCCCCCAGCCAUAGUGUACCCCUGGAUGAAAAAAGUCCAUUGCAACUCAGUGAAUCCAAAUUACACUGGAGGGGAACCCAAGCGAUCCAGGACUGCUUACACCAGGCAGCAAGUCUUGGAACUGGAAAAGGAGUUUCAUUUUAACAGGUAUCUCACUCGACGUCGCCGGAUAGAAAUUGCCCAUAGUUUGUGCUUGUCCGAACGGCAAAUCAAAAUCUGGUUCCAAAACAGGAGAAUGAAAUGGAAGAAAGACCACAAAUUGCCCAAUACCAAAGGCAGAUCUGCAUCUUCUUUAUCCCAACACAUACAAACUGUUUCCAAGGACCAUCAGACUGACCUGACCUCUUUAUGAGGAAAAACAUGGCAGAUUUUUAUUUUCUACCUUUAUAUUUCCUACCAUCAUUCCUUCCUAUCUGAAUUCUGUGGGCAAGACUGGAGCAAAUUGUGCAAAGAAAGCAGAAAAUUAUGACUCCAGGGCAGUCAAUUUCAUAGGUGAUGCUGUGUAAAGGAUUUUUAUGGCAAUAAGGGACUAUUUAGUUGAAAGGCACAAGCAACAAAAUACCCAUUUACAAGAGACAUUUUUAAAUUACACUUUAAAGUCAGAUUGCAUCCAAUGUUGAAUAUUUGGGGAACGAGAAACGUAUUUUUUAUUUCAUCAGUGAAGAUUCCACAAAGAUCUGCUGAGAAGGUGACUUAGUUGCUUUGAAAUCAGUAUGUAUGUCCAGUCUUAUUGUUGGGCUCUGCAUUGCUAUAACCUGGAUAUGCAGAUCAACUUAGCAGGUCUCUAAAAUCUGAAAAUGUGUUGGCCACAUGGCACACCCGCUUGUGGAUUUCUAAAUUUUGCCUUCAGUAUUAAACACACUAUACCAAAAUCCUUACAAACAAAAGAAAUAUUCUAUGAAAUAAACGGGUUUAUUGUAUUUGAAAACUGUUUUCACGUAUUUAUUUAAAUUGAACUUAUGUAUCAAACAACAAAAAAACAAUUUAAACCAAAAAAAAUAAAAAAAAAACAACCACACCACACUCAUCGGGAGAGUUUUAAACGAAUUUUCUUUCAUUGCAAUAUCUCAAUUGAGAAAGGAAAAUUUACUACCACUGCAAUUUAACAGUACUUAUUUAUUAUUUAGCCCUAAUUUAGUAUUUAGACAUGGCUAUGUAUAUGAUGUAGUUUUUAUUUUGUAUAUGUAUACUCAGAAUUUUUGUUAGCAAACGUGUCCCGCAGUAAAUAUGAAAGACAUAUUUUCAAUUUUGCCCAUAAAAGAACAGGAUGUAAAACUGAAUGUAGCUAUUUUUUUUUAGUAAUAUUUGUUGGUAUAUAUCAUUUUACAGAAUGUUAUUAAUGUAAUAUUUUAGAAUAAGUCUUCCAAAUGGUAAAGGGAAAUGUUUCUAGGAAACUGACCGUUACAAAAUAUUUAUCCUUUCAGUUGUAUUUUUAAUCUGCCCCUUCUACGAAACAGGUUUUUUUCAGUUUAAAAACGGAAUCAUGUUUAUAAACUGUAAGAAUAAAAAAAAAGAAAAUGUGAUUGUAUAAAUGCCUAGCAUAAAGGAAGGUAUUGGCAGAUUCAUUUUUAACGCUGACUUGAAAUCUGUUUUCCUUUCAAUGUGAUUUAACAAAAUAAAAUUACAGAGAAAAUA